CUUUGUAGUUAAUAGUUCUCAAAGACUAGCGAUGGGAACCCAAAGCAACAGUGAAAAUGAGGAAUCGCAGGCAGACCACCCCGAACCCAAAUCUAUUAUUCAAACACUGGUAUCAAAGGCAAAGGACCCCAAAUCCAGGUCACUGACUAACAUUCUGGGAGGGGGAACAGUUGCGGGGUUACUGCUCUGGGAGAAUGCGAUCUCGUCGGCAACAGUGAUAUGUAUUGCAACUGAAAUAUGGGUUUUGUCGACAAUAAUCGUGGAAAACUGGAUUGCUCAAGCAUUGCUUCGAAUCAUUGCUUUCGUGCUUCUCAACCUCGUCAGUUUGGCUCUUGCGUCCGUCUUCACUGCCUUUUACCUUGACAAGUGCGUUGAAGAGAAGAUAAAUUUUUGUUUGAACAAAGUUGAAGGCUGCAGAGCAAUUGGUUCAGUAAUUGACCAGUACCGCGGAGAGUUGGACUUUGCGGGAAAGGUUAUAGGCGCUUUCGUAGAAACUCAAGGCAAGAGCCUAACAGAUACCAUAAAAAAAUCCAUUAAGAACGGUUUAGAUGGGGCAUUGUGGCCCUUAUAUGAGUCAGUUCUACAAGGUUUGGCAGCAAUUGUCAAGCCUAACUUGCCUGCAAUUUUUCAUUCAAAAAUAUGCCAAGAGUUCCUGCAGAUGCUUCUCAUGAUUUCAGAAGGAAGCCAAAAGAAGACUUUCUAUGGGGUUGUUGCUUCUCUCCAGGUUAUCUCUAUUAUGUGCAUAUUUUUCCCUCCAACCACAGUCCUGUAUAUAGGAUAUCUGUGCGUGGCGACUUUGCCAGCAUUAUGCAACAAGUUAAAGAUUUCCACUGUGCUUGAGAAGAAUUUCCAAACAAAGUUAGACAAGAUUUCUGGCAAUGAUGAGUCAGUACCUAAAAGUUCCUGAAGCUUGGCAUUAUGACAAUUUGCAUGUUCACAGUCUGAUUCCUCUGCAAUGGUUAUAAUAUUGAAUAAAAUAAUUGCAAUAAAUAAAUUUCUGUACAUAUAUCCCAUCAGAAUUUGGGAAAAUAAAUAAAUUUCUGUACAUUUCUCAUCAAUUGUUCACACAUUUCCUGUCUAUUAUAUCCAUUUAUUAUACAUUUU